CUUUUCUGGAAGUCCGGAGUUGACGUUGCUCGUCCUGCCCUCACUCUCCGCCCCCCUCCCCUUUUUUGUUAUUUUGACCCAUUCCCCUCCGCUCCUUCCUGAUUUCGAGCCCCCGGAGUAAGAGCUGGUUGACUGUGGAAGGCAUCACAGAGACCGGCCGGCAUCAGGACACCCAGACCUGGGGCAGGGGUCCCGAGAGAUUCUCUCUCCCAGUCUCAUUAACCCAGGGCACUGAGGCCAAAGGGUAGCCUCCCCACCCCCCAUCCCCAGCUUCCUGAGUAUAGGCUGGGGAUUGAACCCUCCCUUCCCACACCAGGGGUUCCAGUGAAUCACAGGUCUACACUAGAGUAAAACAAAUUGGAUUCAGAGCAUCCAAAUUAUAGGAACGUUGAGACCAUCCAUUCUAGGGAGUGAGAUGGACGAAGGGAGGUUACAGAGAAGGAAAAGGGAACGGAGGUGGAGGGAAAUGGAGCGGACGCAGCAGAACCUGCGAGUGAGAGGCGAGGGCAGGGAGAUCGAUGAGAAGGUCGCGAGGGGGCUGGAGCGAGGGAGGGAGAAAGUGGCUGUGGUGAAAUGGAAGGAGGAAUCGUCCCUGAAAGUCUGCACCCAGGUCCUCCUGCCCUAUCUACUCGCUGGCUUAGGGAUGGUACUGGCUGGACUGGUCCUCGGCAUCGUUCAGCACUGGGCAGUAUUCCAGACCAUUACGGAGGUGUUCAUCCUGGUUCCUGCACUGGUUGGCCUCAAAGGCAACCUGGAAAUGACCCUUGCCUCCAGACUGUCAACAGCGGCUAAUGUUGGCAGACUGGAUCAUUCCAGUGAGAAGUGGACAUUAGUGACAAGCAACUUAGCUUUGAUUCAGGUCCAGGCCACUGUGGUGGGUUUCCUUGCUGCUGUUGCUGCUGUUGUUCUGGGAUCGUUCUCCAGGGGCCGGAUUGAUCUGGACCAAGCGGCCGUUCUGUGUGCAAGCAGCACUAUCACCUCCUUCAUCGCCGCUCUCGCUCUAGGUCUGGUGAUGAUUGCAGUGAUCCUUGUGUCCAGGAAGGUUGGGAUUAACCCGGAUAAUGUUGCCACUCCGAUUGCAGCGAGCCUGGGUGACUUGAUCACACUCUCACUGUUGGCUACGAUCAGCCAUUCUCUCUUCACGCACAUGAAUCUUGUUUACCUCGCUCCCGGUCUCUGUGUCCUCUUCAUUAUCCUGAUCCCAGUUUGGGUGGUUAUUGCUUGGAAAAGUCCUCAAACCCGGGAGGUGUUAAAAUCCGGGUGGCAGCCUGUACUGGUUGCCAUGUCGAUCAGCAGUGUUGGUGGAUUGAUCCUGGAUAAGACAGUCACUAACCCCAAGUUUGAAGGUAUGGCUGUCUUCACGCCUGUCAUUAAUGGUGUAGGUGGGAAUCUCGUUGCAAUACAGGCUAGUCGCAUCUCGACCUACCUCCACUUGUGGAGUGUCCCAGGUGUGUUACCCCGCCGGAUGUGGGAGCAUUGGCCCAAUCCCUGUACCACCUUCAUCCGCUCAGGUGUCAAUUCAACGUCAGCCCGCGUCCUCUUCCUGCUGGUUGUCCCAGGUCACCUGCUCUUCCUCUAUACCAUCCAUUUUCUCCAGGCAGGUCACGUUAACGUAACCAUCAGUUUCACUGCAUUCUACCUCACUGCUGCCCUGAUACAGGUUGGCCUCUUGCUCUACAUCGCUGACCUCCUCGUCCGCCUGACCUGGCGAAUGGGCCUGGACCCUGAUAACUUCUCCAUCCCGUACCUGACAGCGCUGGGGGACCUCCUGGGCACCGGGCUCCUGGCUGUCUGCUUCCUGGCUGACUGGCACAUCGUGAACGGUGUCUGAAUCCAAACGAUCUAAAGAGAUCCAGAAAAUGACCUUUCCCAUCCCACCUCCAGUGGGAUCCAGAUCUAACUGUUGACAGUUAACCCACGAGACUUGGCCACAGGCAGCAUCAACUCCACCCUGAACUGUGCACCAUUACUGAAACAACCAGUCCAGAAUUAGACCCAGGCAGCAUUCAAAAUUCAAUGGAAUCCCCAUUCACAGCAAAACAGCUCGACUUACUGAACCGUUCUUUCGGUCCAUCAGAUCCAUGCUGGUGAUUCUGCUCCACACAAACCUCCUCCCAUUCUCCAUCUCGCCCAUUAAACAUAUCAUUAGGUUUCUCUGCCUCAUUUAAACUUCCCCCUUAAAUGUAUUGAUACUAUUCACCUCAACCACUCACUGUGGGGAGAGCGAGAUCCACAUUCCCAUCCCUCUCUGGGUGAGGAAGUUUCUGAAUUUCCGAUUGGAUUUAUCUUAUAUUUACGGCUUCUGGUUUGGUCUCCCCGGCAUCUUCUUCGUACCAACCUUACCAAACCCCUUCA